AUGUGCCACACCAGCUGCCACACAGGCGGCCAGGCUGGCUGCUGCUCGCCCAGCCCUUGCCAGUCCUCCAUGUGCCUGCCCAUGAGCUGCAGGCCCACUGUGUGCAUGGCCCCUUCCUGCCAGUCCUCCGUGUGCCUGCCCGUGAGCUGUAAGCCAGCUGUGUACGUGCCUGUGAGCUGCCAGUCCUCCGUGUGCCUGCCCGUGAGCUGCAGGCCCACUGUGUGCAUGGCUCCCUCCUGCCAGUCCUCUGGGUGCGUCCAGCCCUCCUGCCCCACCCUGGUCUGCAGACCCAUCUCCGGUGGCACCCCUUCCUGCUGCUGA